UCGCGCCCGGCGCCUCCGGCCAGGCCGCCCUGUGCCCGGGCCUUUCCGUCCUUGGAGCGGAUCGUUGCCCGCCGGGCGCCCGCCUGCAGCGACAGCAGCCUCUGGAGCCGAGGCCGCAGCGUCGGCCGUGCCCAGGACCGGGUGUCCGUACUCAGCCACUUCCCCGCUGCAGCUCCCUCCACUACACCUCACCCAGGCACAGGGGCCUCCGGUGGCCACCUGCCCCGAGCCGAGGCUGCACCUGUGAAGAGGUUGGGCACCCUGUCCUCCCAGCGCGGCAGGCAGGAUGGGCGACAUGGCCAACAGUUCCAUCGAGUUCCACCCCAAACCCCAGCAGCCGCGGGAGGCCCCCCACGCAGGCGGCUUUGGGUGCACACUGGCUGAGCUGCGUUCCCUCAUGGAGCUCCGAGGAGCUGAGGCGCUGCAAAAGGUCCAGGAAGCCUACGGGGAUGUCAGUGGGCUCUGCAGGAGGCUGAAGACCUCGCCCACAGAGGGCCUGGCCAACAAUGCCAAUGACUUGGAGAAGCGCAGGCAGAUCUACGGGCAGAACUUUAUCCCUCCCAAGCAGCCCAAGACCUUCCUGCAGCUGGUGUGGGAGGCCCUGCAGGACGUGACCCUGAUCAUCCUGGAGGUGGCCGCCAUUGUCUCCCUGGGCCUUUCAUUCUAUGCGCCGCCAGGGGAGGAGAGCGAAGCAUGCGGGAAUGUGUCAGCUGGGGCAGAAGACGAAGGGGAGGCCGAGGCCGGCUGGAUCGAGGGAGCCGCCAUCCUGUUGUCGGUCACCUGCGUGGUGCUGGUCACGGCCUUCAAUGACUGGAGCAAGGAGAGGCAGUUCCGGGGCCUGCAGAGCCGCAUCGAGCAGGAACAGAGGUUCUCCGUCAUCCGGGAUGGCCAGCUGCUGCAGGUCCCCGUGGCCGCACUGGUGGUGGGAGACAUUGCCCAGGUCAAGUACGGAGACCUGCUACCUGCUGACGGCGUGCUCAUCCAAGGCAAUGACCUUAAGAUCGAUGAGAGCUCCCUGACAGGCGAGUCAGACCACGUGCGCAAAUCAGCCGACAAAGACCCCAUGCUGCUCUCAGGUACUCAUGUCAUGGAAGGUUCUGGAAGAAUGGUGGUGACUGCCGUUGGUGUGAACUCCCAGACAGGCAUCAUCUUUACCUUGCUCGGAGCCGGUGGAGAGGAAGAGGAGAAGAAGGAUAAGAAAGGCAAGCAGCAGGAUGGGGCGAUGGAGAGUAGCCAGACCAAAGCUAAGAAGCAGGACGGGGCAGUUGCCAUGGAAAUGCAGCCCCUGAAGAGCGCUGAGGGCGGGGAGAUGGAGGAACGGGACAGGAAGAAAGCCAGCGUGCCCAAGAAGGAGAAGUCGGUCCUGCAGGGCAAGCUCACCAAGCUGGCCGUGCAGAUUGGGAAAGCAGGACUGGUCAUGUCUGCCAUCACUGUCAUCAUCCUGGUCCUCUACUUUGUGAUUGAGACCUUCGUCGUCGACGGCCGGGUGUGGCUGGCGGAGUGCACGCCCGUCUAUGUGCAGUACUUUGUGAAGUUUUUCAUCAUCGGCGUCACUGUGCUGGUUGUGGCCGUCCCGGAGGGCCUGCCUCUGGCUGUCACCAUCUCCUUAGCUUACUCUGUCAAGAAAAUGAUGAGGGACAACAACCUGGUCCGUCACCUGGAUGCCUGUGAGACCAUGGGCAACGCCACCGCCAUCUGCUCAGACAAGACGGGCACACUCACCACCAACCGUAUGACCGUGGUCCAGUCCUACCUCGGGGACACCCACUACAAAGAGGUUCCAGCCCCCAGCACCGUGACCCCCAAGAUCCUCGACCUCCUGGUCCACGCCAUCUCCAUCAACAGUGCCUACACCACCAAAAUACUACCUCCAGAGAAGGAAGGCGGUCUCCCACGCCAAGUGGGCAACAAGACUGAGUGUGCUCUGCUGGGCUUUGUCCUGGACCUGAAGCGGGACUUCCAGCCUGUGCGGGAGCAGAUUCCAGAAGAUAAGCUUUACAAAGUCUACACCUUCAACUCGGUCCGCAAGUCCAUGAGCACGGUCAUCCGCAUGCCUGACGGCGGCUUCCGCCUCUUCAGCAAGGGCGCCUCGGAGAUCCUGCUGAAAAAGUGCACCAACAUCAUAAACAACAAUGGUGAGCUGCGUGGCUUUCGCCCUCGGGACCGGGACGACAUGGUGAAGAAGAUCAUCGAGCCCAUGGCGUGCGACGGCCUCCGCACCAUAUGUAUUGCCUACCGGGAUUUCUCUGCCGCUCAGGAGCCCGACUGGGACAAUGAGAACGAGGUCGUGGGCGACCUCACCUGCAUAGCCGUCGUGGGCAUCGAGGACCCUGUGCGGCCCGAGGUCCCUGAAGCUAUCCGCAAAUGCCAGCGUGCUGGCAUCACGGUGCGCAUGGUGACCGGGGACAACAUCAAUACAGCCCGGGCCAUCGCGGCCAAGUGUGGCAUCAUCCAGCCUGGGGAGGACUUCCUGUGCCUGGAGGGGAAGGAGUUCAACCGGCGCAUCCGCAAUGAGAAAGGCGAGAUAGAACAGGAGCGUCUGGACAAGGUGUGGCCCAAGCUGAGGGUCCUCGCCCGAUCGUCUCCCACCGACAAACAUACUCUGGUCAAAGGGAUCAUCGACAGCAGCACUGGCGAGCAGCGGCAGGUGGUGGCCGUGACCGGGGACGGCACCAACGACGGGCCAGCCCUCAAGAAGGCAGAUGUGGGCUUUGCCAUGGGCAUCGCAGGGACUGACGUGGCCAAGGAGGCCUCUGACAUCAUCCUGACCGAUGACAACUUCACCAGCAUCGUCAAGGCAGUCAUGUGGGGCCGUAACGUCUACGACAGCAUCUCCAAGUUCCUGCAGUUCCAGCUGACCGUCAACGUGGUGGCCGUGAUUGUGGCCUUCACGGGUGCCUGCAUUACUCAGGACUCCCCUCUCAAAGCCGUGCAGAUGUUGUGGGUGAACUUGAUCAUGGACACAUUUGCCUCUCUGGCCCUGGCGACGGAGCCACCCACCGAGGCGCUGCUGCUGCGGAAACCGUACGGCCGGGACAAGCCCCUGAUCUCGCGCACCAUGAUGAAGAACAUCCUGGGCCACGCGGUGUACCAGCUCACCAUCAUCUUCACACUGCUGUUCGUCGGGGAGCUCUUCUUCGACAUCGACAGCGGGAGGAACGCGCCCCUGCAUUCUCCACCCUCAGAGCACUACACCAUCAUCUUCAACACGUUCGUCAUGAUGCAGCUCUUCAACGAGAUCAAUGCCCGAAAGAUCCACGGUGAGCGAAACGUCUUCCAUGGCAUCUUCAGCAACCCCAUCUUCUGCACCAUUGUCCUGGGCACCUUUGCAAUUCAGAUCGUCAUCGUCCAGUUCGGCGGAAAGCCCUUCAGCUGCUCCCCCCUGUCCACGGAGCAGUGGCUCUGGUGCCUGUUCGUUGGCGUUGGGGAGCUGGUCUGGGGACAGGUCAUCGCCACCAUCCCCACCAGCCAGCUCAAGUGCCUGAAGGAAGCCGGGCACGGGCCCGGGAAGGAUGAGAUGACUGACGAGGAGCUGGCCGAGGGGGAGGAAGAGAUUGACCACGCCGAGCGGGAGCUCCGCAGAGGCCAGAUCCUCUGGUUCCGGGGCCUCAAUCGGAUUCAGACACAGAUGGAGGUAGUGAGUACCUUCAAGAGAAGCGGUUCAUUUCAGGGUGCUGUGCGCCGGCGGUCUUCGGUCCUCAGCCAGCUCCAUGACAUCCGGGUGGUGAAAGCAUUCCGUAGCUCGCUCUAUGAAGGCCUGGAGAAACCGGAAUCCAAGACCUCCAUUCAUAACUUCAUGGCAACGCCCGAGUUUCUGAUCAAUGACUACACCCACAACAUCCCACUCAUCGAUGACACGGACGUGGAUGAGAACGAGGAGCGCCUGCGGGCCCCCCCACCCCCGUCCCCCAACCAGAACAACAACGCCAUAGACAGUGGUGUCUACCUGACCACGCACGGCACCAAGUCAGCUACCUCGUCAGUGUUUUCUUCCAGACCUGGGAGCCCACUCCACAGCGUGGAGACGUCCCUCUAAGGGAACGGCUUUCAGCAUGCGCACCCCGCACACACGCGCACUCGGCCGGACGGCACAGGCCUGCAAGGAGAGCAUGGCCAAGGCGGCUGAAGAUGGUGCUCGCACGGCACUAGGAGGAAGCCACUCCAUCCAAGGCUUCUUCUCUGGGAACUGAGGAGGAGGAGGGAGAAACUAGAGCGUGAGAAGAGCUGUGUUUCCCUUUUUUCUAUCGAAGCAUUUUUUUAAUGAACACUACAAUUCCACCAGAUGUUCGCUGUUUGGGCUCUGCGGUGGGGCGGGGGCCUGGUUUCAGGUGAUUGGGCGUUUCACUGCACCUGCCGGAGAGCAAUUGGACCAAUAGGUUCAUACAGAAAGAAAAAAGAUGACCAUUGCUCCGCAGGGCCAGGAAGGAUGCCCCACCCGGACAGCCCACCGCAGGGAGCCGCCUACAGAUGUACCUGCACCACCAAGCGCCCCUCCCCCAGGACACACGUGCGGUCUGCAUGUGUGUGCGUGUGUGCAUAGAUAUGCAUGUGCGUAUAGACAUAUACGUACAUAUAUGACCAGAUGCGUAUUUAAAGAAUAAGGAGCUAUUUAUCAGCAUGAUAUUUCCAUUCCUCUUAUCAGGUAUUUUCAUUUUGAAAUUUCAUUAUUUAUUGU